CGUAUUUUGGCACGGAGCGGGUUCGCGUUGAUGUAAACCAGUCGGGUUUGCACUGAAGAAGGAAGAGAUUGCACUUGGUUAUGGAAAUCCAACAACUUAACAUGUAGUGCCUCUUCGGAUCUUUGUAGGUGCAAUAUGAAGCAUGGAAGAAGACGAUGUUACCAUCAGAGAGCAGAAUUUCCACAGCCAAGUUCGCGAGUACAUUAUAUGCUUCCUCCUGUUUGCUGUUCUCUACAUUGUCUCAUACUUUAUCAUAACACGAUACAAGAGGAAAACUGAUGACCAUGAAGAUGAAGAUGCUAUUGUCAACAGAAUAUCAUUGUACUUGUGUACCUUCACACUGGCUGUGUCAGGCGGUGCCGUCUUCCUAUUGCCUUUCUCGAUCAUCAGUAAUGAGAUCCUCCUCUCUUUCCCCAAAAACUACUACAUUCAGUGGCUCAAUGGGUCCCUCAUCCACGGACUGUGGAACUUGGUGUCACUUUUCUCCAACCUCUGCCUUUUUGUCCUGAUGCCCUUCGCUUAUUUCUUCUUGGAGUCUGAGGGGUUUGCAGGAUCUAAAAAGGGCAUAAAAGCACGCAUUCUGGAGACUUUCGUCAUGCUCUUUCUGUUGGCUCUGCUCAUCCUGGGUAUUGUGUGGGUGGCAUCAGCACUUAUAGACAAUGAUGCAGCAAGUAUGGAGUCAUUAUAUGACCUUUGGGAAUUUUACCUACCCUACCUUUAUUCAUGUAUAUCUUUAAUGGGAGGACUGCUUUUACUUUUGUGCACUCCAGUGGGACUGUCUCGCAUGUUCACUGUCAUGGGACAGUUGCUAGUGAAGCCAACAAUCCUGGAGGAUCUGGACGAGCAGAUUUACUGCAUCCAUUUGCAGGAGGAAUCGCUUCAGAGGAGAUUAAACGGGUCUUCCAUUCAUCCCACAUAUACCAGACCUGGCUUUGCCCACCAGCUCCACAAAGAACUGGACAAUAUUAGAAAUCAGAGGAAUAAAUUGGAGAGAAGAAAGAAAGCAUCAGGUUGGGAAAAGAACUUGUUGUAUCCUAUGGUCAUGCUCAUUCUGCUGAGUGGAACGACAAUCUCUGUACUGAUGGUGGCAUUAAAUAUCCUCUAUCUUCUGGUGGAUGAGACUGCAAUGCCCAAAGGAUCCACAGAUCGAGGAAUUGGCAACACCUCUCUUUCCACAUUUGGUGUGGCUCAAGCUGUGCUGGAGAUCAUCCUCAUGUUCUACUUGAUGGUGUCUUCCGUUGUUGGCUUCUACAGUCUGCGAGUCUUUCAGGGACUUACUCCAAGAAAGGAUGAUACAACCAUGACAACGAUCAUUGGUUGCUGUGUGUCCAUCUUGGUCUUGAGUUCAGCAUUGCCAGUCAUGUCCAGAACCUUAGGUAUCACCAGGUUUGACCUUUUGGGAGACUUUGGAAGAUUUAAUUGGUUGGGAAACUUUUACAUUGUUUUGUCAUACAACAUGCUGUUUGCAGUUGUCACAACACUAUGCCUUGUAAGAAAAUUCACUUCUGCAAUACGAGAGGAGCUCCUAAAAGCACUAGGUCUGGAUAAAUUACAACUGUCAAACAGCCCCACAGACCCGGAAUCUGGGAAGCUCUCUGCAAAUGGGCAUCAGAAAACUCUGUGAAAAGGACAUACAAUCAACGGCAUGCACACAGGGGCACACGCAAGCACGCACACACACACACACACACACACACACCUUAGCACAGCCAAAGGGAGAUUUCAACAGAACUGCCUGUCUGCUGAAAGGUAAAGGGAUUGGAAAGAACUUAAUAAACCCGGGCAGUGUCUGAUGGAUGCUGCAAAUGGAGGCUGAGAGCAAUUUAGCUUCAUGACAUUCCAUCGCCUGCGUCUUGGAUGGAGCUGGGACAGAGCCAGGAGAAGUGAAAAGACUGGCAUCACUGCAGUAACCUUGACGUUGACCUCAACAGGAAUGGUGACUUAAAACACUUUUCUGGCUUUUCAAAUAAUCCCUUCCUGCUCAACUCUGCUCCUUGCAAAUGGCUGGAGCAGGUGAAAUAAUGCACCUUCUGUGAUGGAGAAGUUCUCCCAUGUUUCCAUUGAGCACUUCAUUUUACUAUUGUUGGUCUGUCAUGAAUGUGGGAACUCAACAGGUAUGUCUCCAAAUUCAUGUUUUUAUUGGUCAAAUUGUUAAGAUAAAUUCCCAAAUUUGCUUCACACAAUUGUAAAACACGUAAAGCUUAUAGACUGGUCUUGUAAAUUUAUUGGAAAAUUGUACUUUUUUUUUUUUUCAUGGCUAUAACCAAGGCUGGUAACGUAAGAUAGUGUUUAAAAUGUAGAAUUUGAGGGACAUGUCACUGAGCAAUAGUUGAUAAUCUGAGCUUGUUUUGCUGUUCUGAAGGUUGGACUACCAACAUUUUAAUAUGCAUCAAUUGGUAUUAUAUUUGUGCAUCCACUUUUAUUCACAGGGCCGACUGAAAAUCUGUUUUUAUCUAUUUUGUAAAUGUUGUAUUUACAUGUACAUAUAUUCUUUUCAUACCUCUUUUGAUCUUCUGGAUGUAAAAUAGGGAUUUUAAUUAAGUACCAAGAUUUUCCUGACACGUAAAACUUGUUUUAUAACAUCUUGUAACUCAAUGCAGCGUCUUCAGAAAAGGGUUAUUGUGUGCUUGAUUGCAGAGACUUGGUAACUCAGGCUCCAUGUAUUUGUUGAAUAGCUGCAUAAUUAUGGACUGUGAUGUUUUCAGUGUCCAGUACCACCUUGAAUGCCUUAAACUGUCUGCUGAGUCUGUAGUCGUCUCAAUGUUAAGGUUGAUGAAGGUUGUUGCCGUUGUGUGUCGUAUAGUACGUCUAUGUGAUGUGAGACUGUUCUACUGUGAAGCCCUAUGAUGUUGUUCCGUUAGACUUUGGAAGUCCAAAAGGUACAACAUAAUGAAUUAAAUAUGCCCAUUAAAUAUCCCUUCUUUUGUAUUAUAACAGGCUUUUUCACAAUGUGCAGGGGGUCUAUAAAUGAACCUUUUUUGACCAUUGUCCUACCUGGUUAAAAUGCGAGGAUGAAAGCAUAAGAAAAUAUAAAUGACCAGUAAUAGAUUACAGCUGCAUCAAUCCCGCUUUCUUAGAAACUAUUUCAAUACUUGGGCUGGGCUAAAACCAGCACUACCUGGGUAAAGGCUGAAAUCUGAAAUAUAAUGACAGUGGUCAGUAAACAAGUCUAUUAAGACAUCAUUUAUUGAUUGGUUAAACUAAUCCUUAACAGAUAUAAAUCUCAAAUUUGGUAAGUUUGAUGGAUAAAUGAUAAAAAAAAGGUCUUUCAAUGUUUUUGUGGAAUUACUGUGGAUGGUAUACCAGAAAACUGGGAUUACUUAUAUAGUAUCAUAUAAUGGAAAGAUAUCUUAUGGCCUAUGGCAAUGCUCUUUUUAUGCCAUUUUGUCUUACAGAUUAAAAAAUAAUUUGUUAGUAAAAAUAUAUGACUUUUUUUAUGUUUCCAAUGAGAAAUAUGUCACUCCCAAAACCUAAAACAGCUGAGGAAUGCGAUUGUGAACUGUAGAUGGUUAUAUCCCAAAAUAAAGGCAUUCAUGCUAUGGUAACGGUAAUUUCUGAUCCUUAAUCUGACAUUUAUUGUCAAAAGUUUUUUUGUUUUUGUUUUUUUUACAUUUUAUGUAAAUAAAUUAUAUGUACCUGUCAUUUUUUACAAUCUGUGUGUUUGCAAAUAAAGAAAUCGUGCAACCAUGUU